UGGCAGGGAUCCUCCACGUGACUCGAGUCAGCAGGGGAAGAACAUGUCAGCCUCCAGUUGAGGAGUGAUGCUGUGAACUGGAGAUAAAUUCAGAAUAACGCAGGAUUUCCUGCAGUAAUGCUGAGUCUGUCCAUCGGAGAGGUCUCUGCAGCUCUGAGGAAGGGAAGGCUGUCGGCCACAGAGCUGUGCAGAAGAUGUCUGAACCGCAUCAGGAAAACGCGCCAUCUCAACGCCUACAUCACUGUAACAGAGGACCUGGCCAUGAAACAGGCGCAGGAGGCAGAGCUCAGGCUAACCAGAGGUAAACCUCUCGGUCCGCUGGACGGUAUUCCUUUCUCUGUUAAAGACAACUUCUGCACGGAAAACAUAGAGACCACCUGCGCCUCACACAUGCUAAGAGGUUAUUUUCCUCCAUUCAGUGCCACGGUGGUGCAGAAGCUCUUGGAUCAGGGCGCUGUGCUCGUAGGGAAGACCAAUUUAGAUGAGUUUGCUAUGGGAUCCGGCAGUACAGAUAGUGUGUUCGGCCCAGUGCGGAACCCCUGGAGUUACUCUGUCUCAUACCGUGAGCAGAGCAGGGAACAGGAUCCUGACUCCGAUUGGGUGAUCGCAGGCGGGAGCUCUGGAGGAAGUGCGGCUGCUGUGGCGUCUCUCAGCAGCUUUAUGGCAUUGGGGUCGGACACAGGAGGCUCUACACGUAACCCUGGCUCUCUGUGUGGGUUGGUGGCUCUGAAACCCACCUACGGCCUGCUCUCACGCCACGGCCUCAUCCCUCUGGUCAACUCUAUGGAUGUCCCAGGCAUCAUGACCAGGACUGUGCAUGAUGCAGCUACAGUGCUGGAUGUUCUCCAGGGCCGUGAUGAAAAAGACUCCACCACAGUUGAAUCCGCUUACUCGCCCUCUAGCCUUCCAGAGGAGUUUGAUGUCAGAGAUAUCUGCGUGGGCGUACCAAAGGAGUAUCAUGCCCCGGGGAUGUCGGCUGAGACUCUGGCGCAGUGGGGGCGCGUGGUGGCCCUGUUUGAGCGUGCUGGGGCGCGAGUGAAAGAGGUUUCGCUCCCUCACACACAGCACUCCAUCGUCUGCUACCAUGUGCUCUGCUGCUGCGAGGUGGCGUCCAACAUGGCACGCUUCGAUGGCCUGCAAUACGGUCAUCGGAGCAAAGUGGACAGCUCUACUGAAGCACUGUAUGCCACGACGCGUCACGAGGGCUUCAACAGCGUCGUCCGAAGUAGGAUCCUUGCUGGGAACUACUUCCUAUUGAAACAGAACUACGACCGUUACUUUGUGAAGGCCCAGCAGAUCAGACGUCUGAUUACAGAAGAUUUCCGGCGCGUUUUCCAGUCAGGUGUUGAUGUGCUUCUCACGCCCACCACACUGAGCGAUGCAGCGCGCUACUCUGACUUCAUCCAGGAAGACAAUCGCACACGCAGCGCCCAGGAGGACAUCUUCACCCAGCCAGUCAACGUGGCAGGUCUUCCUGCCGUUACCGUACCAACAGCGCUCUCAAGCAGAGGCCUUCCCAUCAGCCUGCAACUGAUUGGACAGUCUUUCCAGGACAUGAAGUUGCUGACAGUGGCCAAUUGGAUGGAGCAGCAGCUCGACUUCCCCAUCAUCCGUUUCCAUGACGACACAGCGGAGAGAGAGAGACAGACAGACAGAUAGGACCAGGAACGAGAAUGCAAAUUGGGGUCAUGAAUGAUAAUAGCGAGGGUCAUAUUGGUGCAGCGUACAAACACAAUUUGCACUCAAAUAAGAAAUGCAGUCAUUCUGAUGAGAGCAGCCUUAUUGCCGGUGUCGGGUUUCGGAGCUCAUUUCCAUCUUGUUUUGUACCUGUGCUGCAGUUUGUGAAUUCAGUAAACUGAGCUGUGUUUGACAUCCUGGA